AACUCCCCCCGUGUUUUAAGCUUGUGCAGUUGUGCGUGAACUCUUGGUCGCACGGAGAGGCAAACCAAACAGCCGCGCUAUAUGGUCCGCCGUGCAUGAGGCAGGAGAGCUCUUUUCCUCCUCUACACCCUAAACACAGAUGAACCCAUCAGCCAUGGCCACCAGGGUUGUUGCUCCUUCCUUCCUCGCCGUCGGGAGCGGUGCUUCUGUCGCUUUAGCCACCCUUCCUCUUCCGUCCAAGAAAGGCACCAUUAGUAGGCGGUCCAGAAUCUCCGCACAGCUCGGUGGUGGAGAUGGGGAGACCAAGUCUGACGGCAAGAAGAAGUUCAUCACCAAAGAACAGGAACCAGAGCAGUACUGGCAGACCGCGGGGGAGAGGAAGGGGGAGAACCCCAUGAUGACGCCGCUGCCCUACAUCAUCAUCUUCGGCAUGUCCACACCCUUCGUCAUCCUCGCCAUCGCCUUCGCCAACGGCUGGAUCAAGGCCCCCAUCCGUUGAUCCACGGCCUGCUUCUUCAUCACUGCCUGCUAUGAGAUGAGAGCCACUAUAUGAGUUACUACUUCACUUGCUCCCCAUCUGUUUUGUAUGUAAAUCCUCCGCUACUGCAAAGCUCUCUCUAGUAGUUAAUCUGUUUCUUCAGCCAACAUUUUUAUAUAGUAGAGUAACACAUCUCGAUCCGCCGUAAAACACGGCACCCCUGUA